UGUCUGCGCGCUCUCAGCACACGAGUUUCUCUUGGUGGAAGAUCGCGAAGCAGCGCCAUCGUCCAGCUUUCAUUCAGCGUCAUGGAGGAAUCAAGUAGUUGACGUUUCCUUUAACCUUCUCUUUUCAGCUUUCCUUCGUACGGUCAUCGAUCCGCUACUGCUGUUUUCAGCCAAUUUCUCUCUACUUUGACGCAAAAUCACGUCGAGGAUGAAGUUCAUCAUUGGUAUCGGAGGGGUCACGAACGGUGGAAAAACAACGCUGACGGACAGACUGAUCAAGAGCCUGCCCAACUGCUGCGUUGUCCACCAGGACGACUUCUUUAAGCCCCAAGAUGAGAUUGAAGUUGAUGAAGAUGGCUUUAAGCAGUAUGAUGUCAUCAGCGCUCUGGAUAUGGACGCCAUGAUGAGCACCAUCCAUGCCUGGCAGCACGAUCCCGUCAAGUUCGAGAGAUCGCACGGCGUCAACAACAGCCUGGAGAUUCGCCCGCGCGCUCGAGAAGACGACGGUGUUCACAUCCUGAUCGUGGAGGGCUUCCUGCUGUAUACCUACGGACCGUUGAUCGAUGUGUUCAACCAACGAUACUUUAUUUCCAUUCCAUACGAAGAGUGCAAAAAGAGGAGGAGCUCAAGGAACUAUGCAGUGCCAGAUCCACCGGGUCUGUUCGACGGGCAUGUGUGGCCCAUGUACGUCAAGCACACUAAAAUCAUGGAGGACUCAGGAGUUGAUGUCGCUCAACUAGAUGGAACCAUGUCGAAGGAGCAGCUCUACAAUCUGGUGUACGGGAACAUUCUGAACGGCAUCCAGAACAAUCUGUCCUGAACAAAGAUCUGUUGAUCGGCUUCUCAUGCCGCAGGAAGCAGCGCUUUAUAUCCGACUCGUGCGCAGACGGAGCCUGCGUCGCUGUUGUUUUUUACCUGUUUUUAUAUCCUGUAUUUAUUGGUUCUCAAGCUCUUACUCAGCUUUUCAACAUCAGGAUGGAGAAUGCUCUGAGCAUGGUUGCAGCUACAAGCACAUGAUAAUAAAAUGAAGCUCCUGCCA